AUGAAACAGACCAGAACAGCGAUUAGCAGAAUAUCACUGAAAACAACACCUAUUCCAGUUCCAUUGAAUUUUUUACGGGAGACAAGGUGCAAGGGCCGCAAGUUCCGAGCAGCUGGGGUAGUGGUUGACAUGAUAAAAUCGAAGAAGAUGGCUGGUAGGGCAGUGCUAUUAGCUGGUCCCCCAGGUACUGGAAAAACAGCGAUUGCGUUAGCCAUGGCACAAGAGUUGGGCAACAAAGUGCCAUUUUGUCCCAUGGUAGGUUCGGAAGUUUAUAGCUCUGAAAUAAAAAAGACAGAAGUUCUGAUGGAAAACUUCAGAAGGGCUAUUGGUCUCAGAAUCAAAGAGACUAAGGAAGUAUACGAGGGAGAAGUUACAGAACUAACGCCAGUUGAAACAGAAAAUCCUAUGGGUGGAUAUGGAAAGACAGUGUCGCACGUAGUAAUUGGAUUAAAAACUGCUAAAGGCACAAAGCAAUUGAAAUUGGAUCCCUCUAUAUAUGAGUCCUUGCAAAAAGAAAAGGUAGAGACAGGAGAUGUGAUUUACAUUGAGGCAAAUAAUGGUGCCGUAAAAAGGCAGGGUAGGAGCGAUAAUUUUGCUACUGAAUUUGAUCUGGAAGCAGAAGAGUAUGUUCCAUUACCUAAGGGUGAUGUGCACAAAAAGAAGGAAGUCAUUCAGGAUGUAACAUUGCAUGAUCUGGAUGUUGCUAAUGCUAAACCACAAGGUGGUCAAGAUAUUAUGUCUAUGAUGGGUCAAUUAAUGAAACCUAAGAAAACAGAAAUUACAGAUAAAUUGCGCAAAGAAAUAAAUAAAGUUGUAAAUAAGUAUAUUGAUCAAGGUAUUGCGGAAUUAGUACCAGGAGUGUUAUUUAUAGAUGAGGUACACAUGUUAGACAUAGAGACGUUUACGUAUCUUCAUCGUGCGCUAGAAAGCGCAAUUGCGCCGAUUGUUAUCUUUGCAACAAAUCGAGGUCGUUGUAUAAUCAGAGGAACAGAAGAUAUCGUGUCACCACAUGGAAUUCCUCUCGAUCUCUUAGAUAGGUUGUUAAUUAUAAGAACGCUUCCCUAUUCUAGAUCGGAAAUAGAGCAAAUAGUUAAAUUAAGAGCCACAACGGAAGGGUUGCAAAUCGAAGAUGAAGCUCUAUCAGCUCUUGGUGAAUUAGGUACAAAAACAACGCUUAGAUAUGUGGUACAACUUUUAACUCCUGCGUCAUUAACGGCUAAAGUAAACGAAAGAACAAUAAUUAAAAAAGAAGACGUCGAAGAAGUGGGAUCAUUGUUCUUAGAUGCAAAGUCAUCCGCUAAAAUUCUUACACAAAAUAAAGAUAAAUUUAUGAAAUGAUUGUAUUCGACUAUUAUCUACUAUUCUAAAUAAAGUUUAA